AUGCCGGUUUCGAAGACGAAAAUGAAGAUUCUGAUGCGAUCAAAGGAUGCUGCUAACAAGAUAGCUAGCAUCAACUCAAGCAAGGAGGUUAAGUUUUUUAUACCCCAGCGUUUAGUGGAGUGCCUUGGGGUCGCUUACAUCGAACCCGAGGUCACUGACGAAGAAUUGCAAUGUGCAAAUGUUUAUGACAAACGUAAAUCUAACCAAGUUGAUAACCCGGAGGUGAUACAUGUCCGUCGUGUUAUCAAGAAGCUGCCAGAUGAAACUGAAGAGGCUCUUUACACAGUGAUUUUCACUUUUGCCGGAUUGAAUUUACCCACUCAUGUUGAAAUAAAUAGAGUGCUAUAUUCCGUGAAACAAUAUGUUUACCCGGUGAGGCAGUGUGGAAACUGCUGGCGCUUAGGUCAUCAUAAAAAAGGCUGUAAAAGUGCCAAAAGAUGCAACCAAUGCUUGGAACAAACGAUUAACGAAGACCACGUAUGUGAGGGUACUGAACCGCGAUGUGUGAAUUGCCUUGGACCCCAUCGGUCCAAUGAUCACAAAAUGUGUCCAAAAAUAAUCCUAAAAAAGAAAUCAGAUAAGGAACGUGAGAAUACUUUCUCGCAAGGCCGUGUGGAUUGGUUUUGCGCACCAAACUCAGUUCCUACUAGCAUCAACUCAUGCGAUCAACAACCGAAAUCUGCAGCAGUGGAAGUAGCAUGUCAAACAACAACUGCCGAAGUAACUGGUCCUUCUCAAAAACGUCGUCUCGAGGUUGACUCGGAAGAUGACCUGCCCAACCUCGAGGUAAAUAUUUCGAAUAGGGUUUGCGAAUCUAUCCGGUCAACAGUCGAGUCAAAUGAAGUUAUUGACAUUGUUGCCGAUGCAUUGGAAGUCGCCGAUGAUGAUUUCGAGUCUAGAUUGAAAAUUCAACAGAUGGUUUUAGCGAAAAUUACCGAAGCGGUUAAUCUUAAAAUUCUGCAACAGAUGCAACAAUUCAUCAUGCAUCAGCAGGAAGUAUCGCAACGUCACUCGAACCUGUCCCAGGAGUACAGACCUCCAUUGGCACCAAACCCGGAACAAAUUUUGGAAUCGUUGAGUACCAACAUCAACGAAUUUCGUUACGAUCCGGAAAGUGGGAUCACUUUUGGUGCUUGGUACUCUCGUUACGACGGUUUGUUUACGGAAGAUGCAGCUCGCCUGAAUGACGAAGCUAAAGUGCGGUUGUUAUUGCGGAAACUCGGUCCGGCUGAGCACGAAAGAUAUCUAAGUUUUAUUUUGCCAGCCUUGCCGAGAGAAAUCAAGUUUGAUGAUACUGUGGGGAAGUUGAAAAGUUUGUUCGGGACGGUGGAGUCAUUAAUCUGCCGCCGUUACCGGUGUUUACAAGUUUCCAAGCAGCCCUCUGAGGAUUAUAGGGCCUAUGCUUGUCGUGUGAACCGUCUUUGCGUUGAAUUCGAGUUGGGAAAAAUGAGCGAAGACGAGUUCAAGUGCUUGAUGUUCGUGUGUGGAUUGAAGUCGGAUAGUGAUGGGGAAAUCCGCACCCGUCUUUUGAGCCGAAUCGGGGACAACAGUCUCGUGAAGUUGGAGCAGAUUUCCGAUGAGUGCCAAAAACUGAUGACGAUCAAACACGACACUGCGAUGAUCGCCACCCAAUCAGUGUCGACAAAAGUGGUGAAUCGCAAGCAGAAUUUCAACAAGUGGCCGGAAAGGCAGAAGAAAAACAACCCAGAAGGAGAAAUGAGCAAAAAUUAUAAUAGACACCAAAACAAAAACAAUAAAAGUGGGCCAUUUUCUCCUUGCUGGUGUUGUGGUGCCAUGCACUAUGCAAGGGAUUGCACGUACCGCAACCAUCGGUGCAAAUCAUGUGGUGGUUACGGACACAAGGACGGCUACUGUGCAAGUGCUAAAAAGACAAACAGUGAUAAAAGGAAGCUGCCAUCGGCGGCCACGAAAACAGUGCAAGUGAAAAGUGUCAAACAGCAACGGAAAUACGUCACAGUGCAGAUUAUGGGAACACCAGUGAAGCUGCAGUUGGAUACGGCGUCGGAUAUCAGCGUGAUUUCGGAGAAAACUUGGGCGAAAAUCGGGAAGCCGACGACUUCACCGGCGUUAGUGAGAGCAUCCACAGCAUCAGGACAGCCUCUCAAACUCCAAGCUGAAUGCACUUGCGAUAUUGAAGUCAACGGGGUGCGUCGCAGUGCCAAGUUCUUCAUCGUCAAGCAGCCAUUGCAUCUUCUGGGAAUUGAUCUCAUCAAUCUGUUCGACCUGUGGUCAAUUCCCAUGAACCAGUUUUGCAAUCAACUGACAUCGUCCUGUGAUCUUGGGAAUGCCAUCAAGGCCGCAUUUCCGGAAGUUUUCUCGGACGUUCCUGGGCUGUGUACAAAGGCGAAGGUUAAGCUCACUCUCAGGGAUGGCCAGUCAGCUGUAUUCCGUCCGAAACGCCCUGUAGCUUACGCCAUGUACAGUACAGUGGACAAGGAGCUCGAUCGACUGGAACACGCCAACAUCAUCACGCCAGUCGAGUAUUCAGCAUGGGCCGCACCGAUCGUGUGUUCAUGGGCCGCACCGAUCGUGGUGGUCCGUAAAGCAAGCGGUGCCAUCAGAAUCUGUGGAGAUUACUCUACGGGUUUGAACAACGCGCUUGAAGCAAAUCAGUACCCCUUGCCACUUCCCCAGGACAUAUUUGCCAAGCUUUCAAACUGCACCAUCUUCAGCAAGCUGGAUUUAUCCGACGCAUUCCUGCAAGUCGAGGUAGAUGAGUCUUCCCGAGAGUUAUUAACCAUCAACACUCAUCGGGGGCUAUAUCGCUACAAUCGACUAUCACCGGGAGUGAAAGCAGCACCUGGAGCAUUCCAGCAACUGGUCGACACCAUGCUGGCCGGCCUCAAAAACACCUUGGGGUAUUUGGACGACGUUUUGAUCGGCGGAGCGGAUGAGGAGGAGCAUAACCGCAAUUUGAAGGCAGCUCUUCAACGCUUUCAAGAGUACGGUUUCACCAUCAAGGCUGAAAAGUGUUCCUUCGGUUCGCAGCAGAUAAAGUAUCUGGGGCACCUUAUCGACAAACAUGGUUUGCGCCCGGAUCCGGCAAAAAUCGACGUCAUCCGCAACCUUCCGCCGCCGACAGAUGUGACGGGUGUUCGAUCCUUCCUAGGAGCCAUCAAUUAUUAUGGCCGUUUUGUUCCUGCGAUGCGAACACUGCGUUAUCCACUGGAUGAGCUGCUCAAAGGCAAUAAACAGUUCAACUGGUCAGCCGAUUGCCAAAAAGCGUUCGAUCAGUUCAAAACUAUUCUGGCCUCCGAUCUUCUGUUGACACACUACAGUCCAGAAUUGCCGAUCGUCGUUUCAGCAGACGCUUCAUCGGUAGGUGUCGGCGCUACAAUCAGCCAUAAGUUUCCGGACGGUUCAGUGAAGGUCAUCCAGCAUGCAUCCAGGGCUCUCACUGCAGCCGAACAAGCAUACGGGCAACCCGACCGUGAAGGUUUGGCGCUUGUUUUCGCCUGCACCAAGUUUCACAAAAUGUUGUACGGUAGAAGUUUCACCCUUCAAACAGACCAUGCUCCUCUGUUACGCAUCUUCGGAUCCAAGAAAGGCAUACCCACCUACACUGCCAACCGCUUGCAACGAUGGGCGUUGCAACUACUGCUGUACAACUUCCACAUCGAGUACAUCAGCACAGACAAGUUUGGAAACGCCGAUGUAUUAUCCCGAUUGAUCAACAACCACAUCAAGCCCGACGAAGAUUAUAUUAUUGCUAGUGUCAACUUAGAAGAAGAUUUGGGAUCCGUAGUAGCCAAUUCCGCUAGACAAAUCCCUCUGAAUUUCAAGGCGAUUCAGGAUGCUACUCAGUCAGAUCCGGUCCUUGGUGAAGUCUUCCGUUUUACCCUGAAUGGCUGGCCUAAGUCCCGAAAAUUGAUUCCCGAUCACGAGGUUCAACGCUUCUUCGACCGCCAAGACUCUUUGUCUAUCGUCCAAGGAUGCGUUAUGUUUGCCGAGCGUAUUGCUAUACCGUCGAAAUUCCGGAACCAAUGUCUUCAACAGAUGCACAAAGGUCAUCCCGGAAUACAGCGCAUGAAGUCUAUCGCACGAAGUUUCUUGUACUGGCCAUCUUUGGAUGCAGAUAUCGUCGAGUUCGUGAGCUCUUGUAAACCGUGCGCCAUGGUGGCCAAAAGCCCUCCGUUAUCAUCGUCUCAGCCGUGGCCCAAGCCGGAGAAACCGUGGCAGCGUUUACACGUAGAUUAUGCGGGGCCCAUAGAAGGAGAUUAUUUCUUGUUGCUGGUCGAUUCUUUUUCUAAAUGGGUGGAGAUAGUCAAGACCAAUCGCACCACAUCAGCAGCUACCAUCGGUAUCUUACGGGGCAUAUUUGCACGCUUCGGAAUGCCGAUAACUUUGGUCAGCGAUAAUGGCUCGCAAUUCACCAGUACCGAGUUUGCAACCUUUUGUGUCGAAAACGCCAUUCAUCACGUUACAACAGCCCCCUAUCACCCACAAUCAAACGGGCAAGUCGAGCGUUUUGUCGACACUUUCAAACGCUCCUUGCGAAAAAUCCGAGAAGGGAAGGCGAGUAUUCAACAAGCUCUGGAUACAUUUUUGCUAACCUACAGAACAACUCCUAAUCCUGUUACUGGCCAAUCACCUGCGGAUUUAAUAUUUGGGCGACCAAUCCGUACUUGUUUGGAGUUACUUCGACCACCACCGACACCCAACGUUCCGGAGAGGCAACUCGAAGGUAAAGUGCGCUGCUUCAAGCAACAUGAUUCAGUUUAUGCUCAACUUCAUUCCAAAAACACCUGGAGAUGGGCAGCCGGUAUCGUGCUUGAACGUGUUGGUCGAGUCAUGUACAACGUUUGGAUCGAAGACUCCCGAAUGUGUCGAAUUCAUGUGAACCAGAUGAGAAGCCGAUCAUCCAGCGACACGCUCACUCCAGAUGUACCAGUCGAUUCCAAUGACCAAAUGCUACCGUUGGACAUACUUUUGAGGGAGCACAACUUGCAACUACCUUCUGCUCCAUCAAAAACAAAUGUAUCGUCCCAAAGACAUAGUUCGCCGAACGUUUCGAAUCCUGGUGCACCUUCCCAUCAUUCUACGCCUGUACAAGCUUUGCAUCCUGAAAAUAAAGCAUCAUCGCCGAGUAAUGAUGCUUCUUCGUUGUCAGCAUCAGUGCCAUCGUCGUCGUCUCCGUCCUCUACUACCACUACGAGGAAUUCGUCCGGCUUUCGGACGGCAAUAGAAACAUUACCAGCUGUGCAGCAACCACGCCGGUCUUCGCGAGUUCGAAGAGCGCCGCAGUGGUUCGAUCCGUACCAGAUCUAUUAA